CGCACAGUUUCAGCUGCCAGGAAUCUCGUAGGGCACUUCAAAAAAAGUGCCAAGGCUACAGCUGCUUUGAAAGAGAAACAAACGCAGCAGAACGUUGUACAACACAAACUCAUUCAAGAUGUUGCUACUCGUUGGAACUCUACGUAUGAAAUGCUUAACCGACUGGUGGAGCAGCGAUGGCCAGUGACAGCUGUUUUGUCAGAUCCCAGCAUCACUAAGAAAGGAAAUCGCACCCUUGACUUGACAGGAGACCAGUGGAAACUGGCACAAGAGACAUCAGAAUUACUUGGGCCCCUGCUCACACUCACAGAACUACUAUCACAGGAGGCAAACUUGUCGUUGUCGGCAACAGUGCCAAUGCUCUUUAACCUGAAGAAACGCCACCUGUCACCAGAAGAGGAUGACAGCCCUGCCAUCAGAGAAAUGAAGAAUACCCUUGUCAAGGAGAUCGACAGCAGAUGGGAACUGUUAAAUUUGGAACCCACCAGCAUCUAUCUCCUUUCUUCAGCACUAGACGUGAGAUUUAAGCACCUUAAAUUCCUUGAGGAUGAGAAGAAGGACCUGGUAUACAUUGAGGUUGUCAGACUAGCUGAACAUCUGCAUCAGCAACAGAUCGUUCGCAAGGGAGAAGAGCUGUCAGCAAGCCACGGAGAAGAGGAGACGGAUGCGCCACCACCACCCGCCAAAAAAAAACAGCAGGAGAUUUCAAUGCUGAUGCAGGCUGAUGACGAAGAGGAAGAAGAACGCGGAGACAGCGCAAAGACAGAGAUGGAGCAGUAUUUGAGAGAUGCUACUAAAUUACAGUCGGGCCCACUGGCAUGGUGGAAGCAAAACAGUGACCGCUACCCUAAACUGGCAUUUGCAGCCAAACACCUUCUUUGCGUUCCGGCCACUUCAACUCCAUCAGAGCGCAUUUUCUCAAAAGCUGGCUACAUCGUCAACAAGACCCGAAGUUCCCUUUUACCAGAAAAUGUGGACAAACUCAUCUUCCUCGCACACAACAUGAAACGAGUAUAGGUAGUUUCACAAUAGUUUCCAACCACUGGGUUGCGAUUUAUAUAAGUGUUUGAAAGAGCCUAAAUAUUUUUGUCAUUGAAAUGUGAGCUGUCUAGCUAGGCUAACAUUACCUUGUUCUAUUUAACCUAUUACAGUUUAUUCUAUAUAAGGGAGUGAAUAAAAUUUAUUACAAUUACUUUAAAUUUAAAUAGCCAACCCGUUACGGUGUCAGUAAUUAUUACAUUUACGAAUAAUAAAUGAAUGUAGUUCAACGAACUGCAGGCUAA